AUGGCAGCGAGGGGAGGGAUCAAUGCAAAAGGAGAAUCUGCUCCACAGCCUGUUAAAGUUCAACGAUAUUGGCCUGGCAAAGUACCCGAAGGUGCUAAGGAUUAUUAUUCAUCAGAGGAAGAAGAUGAGGAGCAACAACAAUUUGAGAAACAAAAAGAACGGGAAUUGAUUAGUAGCAUACAACGAGUUGACUUCUCAGAACGGGAAGUUGCUUCUGAUCGCAGGCUCCGAAGGCUACAAGAAGCUAGGGAGGAUGCUUCUCAUCAACCUAUAGAUAGACGACGUCGACACGAAGUUAAAACAGAAAUCACAGAAACACAGGUUAUUGAAGAGGAUACCUCACAAGACGUUGAGGACGAAAAUGACAUUGCACUUCGUCGCAAACUCAUAAGAAAUCGUGCAAUAGAGCAACGGCGAAUAGAGGAAGAAAAGCUUAAAGCAGAGGAAGAAGCCGAAAGAACAUUAUUAGAAAAAAAAGAAGAGAGUGAGAGUGAAUACACGACUGAAUAUGAAACGGACAGUGAAGAAGAGGAAGAGGAGGAGGAUUUAACGGCGAGACAAUUAAAGAAACCAGUAUUUAUACCAAAAGCACAUCGAGAAACUAUGAUAGAAAAAGAACGUUUGGAAAAGGAGGCUGAGGAAGCUGAAAGAAAAAGAAUAGAAGAGAUUGAAAAUCGUAAAAAAGAAACACAUGCAAUAUUAGCAGAAAAAAUUCAGAAACAAAUGUUGACUGAAGUAAAAGACGAGCAAAGUACAUUGAAAGAGGUUGAUGAUACUGAUGGGAUUGAUGAACAAGCAGAAUAUGAAGCAUGGAAACUUCGGGAACUAAAAAGAAUAAAAAGGGACAAGGAAGAACGUAGAGCAGAAAAAGAACAAGAGGAAAUUGAACGUAGACGAAAUAUGAGUGAAGAACAACGCCUGAAAGAAGAUAUGGAACGAGUGAGAAAACAACAAGAAGAAAAACCGAGAGGGAAAUAUAAAUUUCUGCAAAAAUAUUACCAUAAAGGAGCCUUUUAUUUGGAUCCGAGUGAUUCUAUAUACAAACGUGAUUAUACGGAAGCAACUCCUGAUGAAGCGGCACAUAAGGAAUUAUUACCUAAAGUGAUGCAGGUGAAAAAUUUCGGUCGUGCUGGGCAAACUAAAUGGACUCAUUUGGCCGAUCAAGACACAUCAAAGAAAGAUUCUGCUUGGUCUCAGAAAAACGAGCUCAACAAACGUUCUCUGCAUAAACUUGCUGGUUUACAUCACGGAGGUUUUGAUAAGCCAACAGCGAAAAAACGUAAACUUUAA